AUGAACAGUUCUACAUUCGUUCGUAGUUUCUACUACACGCCUGCACCAAAGGCGGCUCGUCACGUUGAACAGGAUACGGUGGAAUGUCAACGCUCGAUCGUUCCACCAGCAGUACCAGAGCACUAUUCCACACCAAAAUCAGUUAUACCCAGCAAACAGCUAAUCGAGUCAACGUACUGCAUGUUACCUAGGGAAACCAAAGAAUAUCCGAGAUUGUCGACAAGUACAACAACUAGAGAUACCAAACACACCGAGGAUAUGGAUCAGAGGCCGCUUGCAUCAGUAGUGCCAUCUUCUGAGCUGAAGUACGAAAUAUCAGAAUACGCAUGGCAACGUCUUGACAAGGAGAGGGAGGAGUUAUACGCUAUUCGUCCGAAUUACGGACCGGAAGAUGAACAUCCGCGUGCUCGUAUUCACGAAGAACUAGAAGAGAUCGCGGAAAGCACGAAUCGCCUCGAAUUCGAUGAUGUCAAUUCAAAGCAAAAUACCGUGAAGGAGCUGAAGCCAACAUCCGAACAACUAAGGGAAUCGGAGUACGUUGGUUUCCAGAAUGACAUCUACCCAGCGUACCAGCGAAGCACAGCGUGCAAUGAAAGUGGUGUUAUCAAGAAAUCACCCACCAACACGUACGUAGUUCAAAACGUUAAUUCUGCUGCUAUCGACGUCGGGAAACAGUCGUCAUCAGAGACUGAUGAAGGUGAUAGCCGCAUCGACACUGAAAAUUGCCACACAGCUGUGGAGACUCCGGCAUAUCAAUCACAUUUCGCAUAUGUCAUGAAGCCAAAUGAGAGUCACACAUCUAGUCCUUAUUUGGUCGGAGUGCCUUACUGUACACAGUUCUCUAAGAUUGGAAAUGCUUUCGAUCCUGUGGGACAACCUCAGAUUUCGGAGUACCAUCUUGAGGACCUCAAUGAUCUCGUAUCGUGUAUUGAUGGGCAGCCAUGA